UAUAACGCUAUCGCCCUUUCAAUUCACCGAAGUCGAUAUGCCGAAAUUCUUGAACGGUAUCUACAAUGGAAGUGGCAUAACGCCCGAACGGACCGAGACACAACCGAAACUACUCGCCGGUUCAUACAACAAUAAGCGACAAAAGACUAAGCAGUACUGGAUCUUUUCCAUGAUAAUCGAACGUGCCACCUCGGCUGGUAGUAAACGUGGCGAAAUUGAGGAUGGAGAAACACCGCUUGAGUCCAUACUCCAACCGGAGGUAAUCGAACAAGUGUGUCUGCUACGCGAUAGCCCCUACAGGAUAUUAAGGGCAGCAGAGUCUGGAAAUUUGGAUGAGUUUAAACGUUUAUAUCAAGAAAACAACGAACGUUUGGCAAUUACAGAUAGUAAGGGACGCACAGCCACACAUCAAGCUGCAGCCAGAAAUCGUGUGAAUAUUUUACGUUACAUAAACGAUCAGCGAGGAAAAUUCAAUGAAAAGGAUAAUGUGGGCAAUACACCGCUACAUUUGGCCGUUGAGCAUAACGCAUAUGAUGCAAUUAGUUAUUUGCUUUCCAUCCCCGUCGACACAAGUUUGCUCAACGAGAAGAAGCAAGCGCCAGUACAUUUGGCCACGGAACUUAACAAUGUGAAGGCGUUGAGAGUCAUGGCUAAACAUCGUAAGGCCAUUAAUAUACAACAAGGCGGUGAGCAUGGACGUACAGCACUACACUUGGCCGCCAUCUACGAUCAUGAGGAGUGCGCUAGAAUAUUGAUAACCGAAUUCGAAGCAUGUCCCCGCACAGCCUGCAACAAUGGUUAUUAUCCCAUACACGAAGCGGCUAAGAAUGCCAGCUCACGAACGAUGGAGGUCUUUUUGCAGUGGGGCGAAGAACGCGGCUGUAAGCGCAAGGAAAUGAUGUCCCUAUUCGAUUCGGAGGGUAAUGUACCGUUACACUCAGCCGUGCACGGUGGCGAUAUCAAAGCAGUGGAGUUAUGUCUGAAAUCUGGCGCUAAUAUAUCCAAGCAGCAACAUGAUCUCUCGACACCAGUGCAUUUGGCUUGUGCACAGGGUGCCAUCGAAAUCGUAAAACUCAUGUUUAGCAUGCAGCCGUCGGAGAAGCUCACCUGUCUCGGCUGCACAGAUGUACAGCUGAUGACACCCCUCCAUUGCGCCGCCAUGUUUAAUCAUCCAGACAUUGUCGAGUUUUUGGUGAGUGAAGGGGCUGAUAUCAAUGCGCUCGAUAAGGAGCAUCGCUCACCCAUCUUGCUGGCAGCUUCGCGCAGCGGUUGGAAAACUGUACAUCUGCUAAUACGUCUCGGUGCAAGUAUUGGUAUGAAGGAUGCAUCAGCGCGGAAUGUCUUGCACUUUGUCAUCAUGAAUGGUGGUUGCUUGCCAGAGUUCGCAGAGGAAGUGAACAAGACACAGUCACAAUCUCAAUUGGUGCAGCUGUUGAACGAGAAAGAUGCUUCGGGCUGUUCACCACUACACUAUGCCAGUCGUGAUGGACAUAUACGUUCGCUGGAGAAUCUUAUACGUUUGGGUGCUUGCAUUAACCUAAAGAACAAUAACAAUGAAAGUCCAUUACACUUCGCUGCACGUUAUGGUCGUUACAAUACAGUUAAACAAUUGCUUGACUCCGAGAAGGGUUUUUUCAUUAUCAACGAAAGUAAUGGCGAGGGUCUGACACCGUUACAUAUCGCCUCACAGCAAGGACAUACACGUGUUGUACAGUUACUCUUGAAUCGAGGCGCACUUUUACAACGCGAUCACAAUGGUCGCAAUCCCCUACAUUUGGCUGCAAUAUCCGGUUAUACACAAACCAUUGAAUUAUUGCAUUCUGUGCAUUCUCAUCUACUCGAUCAAAUCGAUAAGGAUGGUAAUACCGCACUACACUUAGCCACUAUGGAAAAUAAACCACACGCCAUCUCUGUGUUACUCUCAAUGGGUUGCAAAUUGUUCUACAACAAUUUGGAUAUGAGCGCCAUCGAUUAUGCCAUUUAUUAUAAAUUCCCGGAAUCCGCAUUGGCCAUGGUCACACAUAACAAUCGCGCCAACGAAGUGAUGGCUCUACGUUCCGAUAAAUAUCCAUGCGUUAUAUUGGCACUGAUCGCAUCCAUGCCGAAGGUGUUCGAGGCUGUUUUGGAUAAGUGCAUAACAAAAGCGAAUUGCAAACGUGAUUCGAAAAUGUUUUACAUCAAAUAUUCUUUCCAUGCCAUACAAAAGUCACCUGAUGAUAUUGCUAAAAAACGUGUGGCGCUUAAUGAUCCCACCUGGAGACCCGAACCAUUACUCACCAUUAAUACGAUGGUCACACAUGGACGUGUCGAGCUGCUCGCCCAUCCGUUGAGUCAGAAAUAUUUACAAAUGAAAUGGAAUUCCUACGGCAAAUACUUUCAUCUAUCCAAUUUAUUGCUCUAUUCGAUAUUCUUAACGUGCGUCACCAUUUACUCUUCGUUAAUGAUGAACGGUAUUGAAAUUCGCCCCAACAACAACAACAAUUGGUCUGAACACCUAGGAGGUGAAGAUGAAUCGUUCGCUACGCGCUAUGACGAUACAUACGAGUGCCUACAUCAUACUACCAGUCUGGUCUUCAGCGCUAUCGCAAUUGUGGUUUAUAUUGGCUGUAGCGCAUUGCGGGAGUUUCUACAAAUGUACCAACAACGUCUACACUAUAUAUUCGCUAUAGAUAACUUAAUAUCUUGGAUACUCUAUGUGUCCACGUUGUUUAUGGUGUGGCCGGUGUUCUGCGCUGAAGGCAACAUAUCAACUGUACACUAUUCCGCUUCGGCGAUAGCGGUAUUCUUAUCAUGGUUUCGUCUGUUGUUACUACUGCAACGAUUCGAUCAGGUCGGUAUUUACGUGGUGAUGUUCUUGGAAAUACUACAAACUCUGAUUAAAGUGCUGAUCGUAUUCUCGAUAUUGAUUAUCGCCUUUGGCUUGGCAUUCUAUAUUCUUCUAUCCAAGAUCAACGAUGCCCAGCCGAAUCAUUUGUCUUUCUCGAACAUACCGAUGUCUUUGCUGCGCACUUUCUCCAUGAUGUUGGGCGAAUUGGACUUUGUGGGCACAUAUGUCAAUACCUUUUAUCAUGAUCAGUUGAAGGUGCCGAUCACAUCAUUUCUGAUUUUGUGUGUAUUCAUGAUUCUCAUGCCAAUUUUACUAAUGAAUCUACUUAUCGGUUUGGCGGUUGGCGAUAUUGAGUCUGUCAGACGUAAUGCUCAACUCAAACGUCUAGCUAUGCAGGUGGUUCUACAUACUGAGCUGGAGCGUAAAUUACCUCAAAAAUGGCUGCCGGAGGCUGAUAAAAUGGAACUGAUCGAAUAUCCAAAUAAAACCAAGUGUAAACUCGGUUUUCUCGAUAUCAUCUUACGUAAAUGGUUUUCAAAUCCAUUCAGUGAGGAUUCCUCAAUGGAUGGACUCGGUUUCGAGAGUAAUGAUGAUUUUAUCAAUGAUGAAUUGGAUCGUCAGCGUCGUAAAUUGCGCGACAUCACACGCAUGUUGGAUCAACAGCAUCAACUUUUGCGACUUAUUGUGCAGAAAAUGGAAAUAAAAACCGAAGCUGACGACGUGGAUGAGGGCGUCUCACCAAAUGAUCUGAAAGCUAUAACGAGCAAUGGCACAGGCUCAACGCCUGGCUCACGUUGGACCUCACCACGAAUACGUAAUCGACUGCGCGCCGCGCUUAGUUUUAAUAAAAGUCUAUAUGAAUAGGAAAAUGUAGCCUAACAAGCUUAUUUAAGUAUAGACUUCAAAAACGAGCACCCAUUAAAUAUGUUAAAUAUAUAAUAAUAGUACUUAAUGAGUUCAUGUAUUGGAAAUUUAGCUUUUGUUCCCUAAAUUCACAUUAUACAUCAUUAAUUAUAAUAUUUUCUUUUUUUUUACUGCUUUAAGGUAUUUUGUAUAUUUUGAACUUUUU